CCGGACGAUGUCCACGUCUCUUCCGCGCACGAGGAGCCUCGCACCCGGGGCGCCACGGACCUAACAGCCGCCGAGCCCGCAGCCUGGCCUGGCCGCUCGUCUGGGCAGCACCUAACAGUCGCGGAAGGCAGGGGCAGGUCGCCGCAGCGCGAGGAUCUGGGAUGCUGUGGGGCUGAGGGUCGUGGUCUCCAGGGUUCGGAAGAUCGGUGGGAAAAUGUCUUCGGGGCAUGCGCCACAGCAGCCGUUAAGAGACCCAAAACCGACACCUUGGAGGUGGCAGCCUGGAGGCAUGGGGCCCGAGCAUGGCCGGGCUUCGCACGCCCAGCGAGGACCCUGAGGACGCAGAGCGCAGGCGCGAGGCGCAGGGCCAGCCGGCGUCCAGGCAUCUCCUGUGAAAAGGGAAUUGGCAUUUACAGCUGAGUUGCCGCUGAUUCUGAUACAGAGCCCAGAGGAUAAAUCUGCAUUAUUCUUACUUUUUUGUCACAAUGGAAGUCGGAAACAAAAUGGAAAUGGCAGAAAACAUACCGUGCAAUAGUGUGGUUGGUGGUAAUUUCAAAGAAGUUUGUCUAGAGAAGGUAAUUAGGUUCAAACCGCCAUUAUACAAGCAACGGUACCAGUUCGUUAGAGAUCUAGUGGAUCGCCAUGAACCCAAGAAGGUUGCAGACCUGGGAUGUGGCGAUACCAAGCUCCUAAAGCUGCUAAAAAUCUACCCAUGCAUUCAACUGCUUGUUGGGGUAGAUAUCAAUGAGGAAAAAUUGCAUUCAAAUGGGCAUCGCUUGUCUCCCUAUUUGGGGGAAUUCGUAAAACCCCGAGAUCUAGAUUUGACUGUCACCUUGUAUCAUGGCUCUGUUGUGGAGAGAGACUCCCGCUUGCUUGGAUUCGAUUUGAUAACAUGCAUUGAAUUAAUAGAACAUUUGGAUUCAGAUGAUCUGGCCAGAUUUCCUGACGUGGUUUUUGGAUACCUGUCACCAGCCAUGAUUGUCAUCAGCACACCAAAUGCUGAAUUCAACCCCCUGUUUCCUACAGUGACCCUGAGGGAUGCCGACCAUAAAUUUGAGUGGAGCAGAAUGGAGUUUCAGACCUGCAAGGUCUUCAUGUGUGACUUACUAUGUAGUGAGAGAACAAGGAGAGCAGAACAUUUGGGCAACAGCAGAGGAGUUAAAAAGCUUCAGUAUUCUGUUUUGUUUUCUGCCCUUCAGGUUUAUACAACCUCCUACCCGAGUUUACAGCAGGAGAAGGUGCUCAAGUUUGUUCUGGUCGGGGAACUCCUGAUACAAGUGGACCGAUUGAGGCUGAGACACCAGAGAAUGCUUCGGGAGCAGGAGAAAGACCAGGGCCCUAAACCCGGGGACACGGACUCCUGCCCAGCCCCACACCUGCUGUUGGGAGCCGUCUUCACGGAGGCCGAAAAGGCCAGGAUAGAGAGCUCUCCCAAACCCUUCUGUGAAGGAGAGAAGUUUUACAUUCCCCUGCAGAGACUGCUCACUUACCCCAAACUGCACCGCCUGUGUGCUGACGAGGACAGGAUGCGGUCCCUCAUUGCUGGCUCGGUGUGCUUAAGCAGUGAUGGCUCCGCAGUCGUGGUUGACCUGCAUAACUCUUGGGAUUAUGGGCCUGAAGAUAACUGAGUCAUCCCGACUUCCUGAAGCUCAGAGACCCACCGAUGGUGGGGUUCGCUUAGAAUUCAAGCUUUUUUUUUUGUUUUGUUUUGUUUUAGUGAUGCCGGGACUCGAACCCUUGCGCAUGGUAAGCAAGCACUCUGCCACUCAGCCACAUCCUCAGCCCUAGAAUCUAAACUCUGUAUAGUCAUAAUUCAAGAAAUAGUUUGAGAGCUUUAACACAAAUUGGGUCCUGAUCUCGAUGACAGACCUGCCUGACACACAGACUGCUCUUUGCCUGAGAAAGGGCUUAACUAAAAGUAGUUGCUUUCCUUUAAAAUUAGAUUUUUUUUUUUUUAAAUUUAGAGUUUACAACAAUGAAGAAAUUAGAUGUGGUAAUGUGUUAAUUUUGUCCUCACCCAUAUUUUGGUGUUAGAACAACCGUAUGUUGUAUGUGACAUUAAAACAUUUAAAUGUAAUCAAAGCCACUUGAGAACCUUUCCCAGGGCUGGGCAUAGAGGCCCACACCUGUAAUCCUCGCACAUGGAUAGAUGAGACACGAGGAUUAUGGGUUUGAGACCAGCCUGGGCUACAUGGUAAGACCCUAUCUCAAAAACAAACACCAGUUCCUCUGCCCAAUUUUUCCUAGGGGUGAUGUAGCUUUAAGAUCUAGGAUUGUCUUUCUUUGUCAGCAUUUACCUAUUAUACUUUGCAUAAAAUGGUGCAUGAAAAAAAAAGUCCAAAAACAUUCAGAUUUUUCAUAGAGAAAAAUCCGAAUCCCAGUGCUUUUCAGGUUGUAGGCAAGUGCUUAACCUCGCAGUGCUUUCUGGCUGGAGUUGGGUGGUAGUAGCUGCAGGAGAGAGAUAUGUGGCUUUGUUUAAUUAAAAAGGGGGCUUCAAGGAGAUAUUGGUGCAUGAGGUGUGGGAGUCUAGAGGUAACUCAGCCAGGCAUGCUCUGCAGUGUCAGAGACACUGUGUCCAUCUUCAUAACCACGAUAGACAUGGAGGACUAACCUGGCAUAGCCUACACUAGCAGAAAGGAAGAGAGCUGGAGCUCACCAGCUGCCCAGUAGACUUUACUGCUCGUUGCUAGGCAACACUACGACCCUUCCUGGGCUCUCAUAAGGCAGUGAGGGAAGUUAAGAAGUGUAGUCUGUGCUCCGAGGGGCUGCUUGCAUACCCGGCCAUCUCCUAAGGAACCAGAAGAGAACAAACAUGAUAAACUGCCUGUGCCGCAAGGCACAGUCUGACCUCCCUGAGACGUGUUCCCGCGGGCUGCAGAGUCGGUCCCUGGGCAAGCGCUCUGUGAACACUUAUUCUUAAGCUGAAUCUUCAAGGGUUCAUAAUCAGGGGAUUAUGAAAUCAGAGGGUCUUGAUAGAGAAAAGUCCUAAUCACAUAAGCACUGCCAAGCAGCUGCCCUCUUAAGUUUCGUAGACUAAUCCACCAGAUGUUCGUGUGCCACCACCUGCUUUUGAAGAUGUACACAACCGAAAUACACAUUUGCAUUCCAUCCCCCUCCCAAGCCCUUCACUUUUCUACAUCUGUGCCCAAGGUUUGCCUUAGGGCUCCCUGCUCAUCCUUGCUCUCUGCUGAAGCCACGUUUUUCUAGCCAGAGUCAAGCUGUCCAUCACAUCUCUGAAAUUAGUCCAUCAGUUGUCUUGAAGCCUGAUGACUUGAUCCCUUACCCACAGACCCCUAUGUGCUUUCAACUUACAGGGGACAAGGACUGCUCUUUCAUUUCCUGCACCUAGCCCCUCCUUCUUCCCCAGGGCUCGUAUAUGCUAGGCAAGUGCUCUAUCACUGAUCCACACUUCCAGCCCUUGGCUUUUACUUACAUUCUGAGUUUGUGUUCACCUCCCAGCUUUGAUAAACACGUUUCUUUGCACAUUAGAAGGCUUCUCAACAUUUCCAACCAGGGAUCAGCAUAGUUCUUGUAGGGAGCCUUUAGCACACUCCCCCCUCCCCCCCAUAGCUCUCCAACUCUGCUUGAGCUGAGGUAUAGAGUAAUGUUAUGUUUAACAUAAGCAUGUAGUACUUCUAGUUAUGAAGCAUCUCCCAAAGCAGCUGUUGGAUUUAGUCUGUCAUAGUCUACUCUUUCCUCUUUCUUUGGUGCUGGAAACAUAGCCCAGGGCUCUCUGUGUGUGCAGCGCAGAUGCUCUUCCCUCUCCCCCCGCCCCCAGCACCAUCCCCAGCUCAGAGCCUUGUUCUAAAGUCACAGUCUUACCUUUAGCAGCACACAAACGGGGAUCUUUCUAAAGAGUCAGGACCACUAGAGAUUGCAGUCCCCAGUGCUGUGACUUGAGAACACAUGCCUCAUGGAGAAGGGACACGCCCGCCACCCCAACAUUGGGGAGCAGAGACAAGUUCAGAAGUUCAGAGUCUUCCUUGUCUACAUAGUGAGUCUGAUGCUACCAUGGGUUACAUGAGGCUCUGUCUCAAGAAAAACAAACAAACAAACAAACAAACGAACAAAUAAUCCUCUCCGCACAUACAAUAAAAGCCAAAGGCAGAAAGCAACCCCUCAGGUUUGCCAGGGGAAUCUUGCUCCAGUUAUGUGUAAAAUGAGGUGUAAUGUGCUCUUAUAAAUGCUAGAGAGUGUUGUAGUAUUGACCUAGUCAGAGAGUCAGCAUUAUUAAAAUUGUUUCUCAGACUGAGUAGCCAAGCACCUGGCAGCCUUCAAGAAAUGAGUAGAGAAGUACAAGUGAGUGUACAACCUAGCACACGUGCAGUCCCCUCCACCCUCUGCAGAGUGACUUUUACAUUGCUCCUCAUCAGACUCAACACACACAGAGGCACACAGACACACGCGCGCGCACACCCACCCACCCACACACCCUCUGUAGAACAGAGAGUGUCCACGCAGAAGGAAGUGGUGUCAGCUUCAACCACUGCCCCUGCCCAACCCAUUACCUGUGAGCCCUUCACGCUCCCUCACACCACAGCAACAGCUCAUUUGAACUUUGCCCCUGGAUGUUGAAAGCCAGAUCUCUUCUUUCCUAUUCCAUCCCAGUGUGGGGAUUUCCAGGGAGCUUCCUGGGAAAUCAGAUAUGGGAGAUGCACUCUCCGGGGUCCUAAUGUCUCAUGCUACCUUUGUAUUUGAAACUUUACAAGUUGGAACGAGGGGGCUUUGGUAGGUUCUCAUUGUCUGGAGAUACUUAAGAAAAUCUCUGUGCUGGGAUCCAGUCCAGGACUCUGCAGAUGUUGAGCUCAAUCCCAACUUCAAGUGCUUUGUGUAAUUUUAAUCCUCUUUCUUUUCCUGCUGGGGAGAGCUCCUCCUAGGAAUACGUUGUGCCUUAUAUCUGGAGCAAAGCAUAUUCGCUGCUGCCAUCUUUUCUGGCCUAAGCACUGGUUUGGCUGAGAAGUUUAUGAAUGGAGAGGAAGUAUAUUUUCUUUUCUUUUUUUUCCUCAGACUCACUACAUAGGUGAAUAUGGCCUCGAACUUCUUGCUUCUGCCUCCUGAGUGCUGGGAUUACAGGCCUGUGCUAUUUUCUGCAAUGCUGGGCACUGAACCCAGGACUUCAUACAUGCCGGGCAGGCACUUUACCAACUGAACUACCUCCCCAGGCCUCCGAUGUUUGAGAUCUUAAUGAGGAAGGUUGUUGAUACUUUUAAGCCUCCUUGAAAACAAUCAUAAAGCAGCAACUGAACCCCAAAUGCCCCUCCUUCCUUAUUCCCUAUGAUGCUCAAGGCCUGAGUUUGAUCCCCUAGUAGCAUAAAAUAAAAGAUUCAGCUAAAUAUGGUGGCACCCACCGGCAAUUUCAACACUCAGAAGGCAGAGACAAAUUUGAGGUCAACCUGCUCUACCCAGCAUGCUUCAGGACAACCAGGGCUACAUACUGAAACCCUGUCUCAAACAAACAAGGAAACAAAGGAACAAAGACUGUUAAAUUAAUUUUCUUAUGAUCUUACAAUUUAAGUUAUGAAAUAAAAAGUACAGUUCAGGAUGAUAUAAUCUAGAGUAAAGCUAGUCAUACUUUAAUUCUUUUUAUCAAUAAUACCCCCCAUACCCCCAAUCUCAAAGCCUUGGGGGCGGUGGGCAAUGGUUCUCCUGGCUUCUCUCAUUCAUUGUUUCCUGAAGAGAAGCUCUGCUCAUUUUGUACAGAGUCCAGUUGACUGUUUUAUAUCAAUUUCCAACAAACGGCCUAAGUGCAUAGGUUUUUUUUACACUUGUUAUCCUUAUUCUUUUACUAAUACAUGUUUUAAAUAUUUACUUUUUAAGUUUUAUGGACAUUUGUAUCUGUGUCUGUGGAGGUCACAAGGGGACAGUGAUCUCUUGCAGCUGGAUUUCCAGGCUGUUGUGAGCCACCCAGUGUUGGAGCUGGGAAUUGAAUGUUAGUCCUGUACAAGAGCAGCAGGCACCCUGUGGAACUGUGGAAACUUCUCUCUAGCUCCUACUGUUAUCUUUUUUUUAUGAAGCUUUGUCAUUAGCAAUUUAUAAAUGCAACUGGAUGUACUUCUAUCUGUAUCGACCACAUGUUCUUUUGCAAAACAUUAAUAGCUGUAUAUAGAAAUUCAUGCUGAAAAUUCCCAAUUGCUCUUUUUAUUUUGUGUGUAUGGGUGUUUGCCUGUCUGUCAACCAAGUGUAUGUGGUACCCUUGGAGGACAGAAGAGGGCCUAGGAUUCUCUGGAACUGAAGUAACAGACAGUUGUGAGCUGCUACAUGGGUGCUGGGAAUUAGAUGUAAGUCCUCUGGAAGAGCAGCCAGUGAUCCCCUAAUUAUUAUUAAGAAUGUAAAGGCAUGUCCUUCAACAGUUUACCCUUCCUGUAGAUCCCCGGAGAAGACUUAGCAAACAUUCCUUGCUCCCAGUUCACUUAAGUGUGGACUGUGGGCUGGCAAGAACUAACGACUAGUGUGGGACAGGUUAUUCACCCCAGCCCCACACCCCUGGUAUAUCACUUGAAUGGACAAUAUAGUAUCAUUUUUUAUUAUUUACUAA